UGCACCAGAUUUUUUCCCCACAAAUUCAACCCUAUUGCUGCAGGCAUAUGCGACCAAGCGGCCACCGAACAGACAAACGCUUGUGGCACGCGCGCGGACCAUGGCCGCGUUGAUCCUCGCCGUCGUCGUCUCCCUCCUCGCUGUCGUCGUGCCGCUCCUGUACCUCGUGCUGCUGGCCGCCGGGAAGAGGAGCGAUGAUGGAAGGAGGCUGCCGCUGCCGCCGUCGCCGCGCGGGCUGCCGAUUCUGGGGCACCUCCACCUGCUCGGCGCGCUGCCGCACCGGGCGCUCCGUGCCCUGGCAGCGGCGCAUGGCCCGGUGCUGCUGCUCCGGUUCGGGCGCGUGCCGACGGUGCUCGUGUCGUCCGCGGCCGCCGCCGAGGAGGUGAUGCGGGCGCGCGACCUGGCGUUCGCGAGCCGGCCCUGGAGCGCCAUGGCCGAGCGCCUGCUGUACGGCCGCGACGUCGGGUUCGCGCCCUACGGCGAGUACUGGCGCCAGGCGCGCCGCGUCUGCGUGGUCCACCUGCUCAGCGCGCGGCGCGUGCUCUCCUUCCGCCGCGUCCGGGAGGAGGAGGCCGCCACGCUCGUCGGCCGCGUCCGCGCGCGCGCCGCGGAGGGGGGCGGCGACGUCGACCUGAUCGAGCUUCUCAUGGCGUACUCCAACACCGUCGUCUCGCGCGCCGCGUUCGGCGACGGGAGCGCGCGCGGCUUGUACGCCGACGUUGACAGGGGGCGCGAGCUCAAGAAGGUGUUCACCGACUUCGAGGAGCUGCUCGGGACGGAGCCGGUGGGGGAGCUCCUGCCAUGGCUCAGCUGGGUGGACACUUUCAUGGGGCUGGAGCGGAAAGUGCGGCGCACGUUUGAGGCGCUGGACAGCGUCCUCGACAAGGUCAUCGAAGACCACCGUCGCCUCCGUGAAGAGCGCCGGCGGACGGGCGCGGACGACGACGACGACGUUGAUCACCGAGAUUUCGUCGACGUGUUGCUCGACGUGAACGAGAUAGACAAGGACGCCACCAUUCAGCUCGGCACCAUCGAAAUCAAGGCCAUUAUUCUGGACAUGUUCGCGGCGGGCACGGACACGACAACGACGGCGAUGGAAUGGGCCAUGGCGGAGCUGCUCACCCACCCGAGCGCGAUGCGCAGGGCGCAGGAGGAGCUCCGGGCGGUCGUCGGCGUCGCCAGCCGCGUCACGGAGGACCACAUGGACAGGCUACCUUACCUCAAGGCCGUGCUCAAGGAGACGCUCCGGCUGCACCCACCGAUCCCGCUGCUCGUGCCGCGGGAGCCGCCAGCGGACGCCGAGCUCCAAGGCUACGGCAUCCCGGCGCGCACGCGGGUGGUGAUCAACGCGUUCGCCAUCGGCCGCGACCCAGCGGCGUGGGGGCAGCGCGCCGAGGAGUUCGUGCCGGAGAGGUUCUUGGACAGCGCCGUCGACUACAUGGGGCAGCACUUCGAGCUCGUGCCGUUCGGCGCCGGGAGGAGGGGGUGCCCCGCCGUGGCGUUCGCCGAGUCGGCCAUCGAGAUGGCGGUGGCGAGCUUGCUCUACCAUUUCGACUGGGAGGUGAGCGCCGCCGGCGGGAGGGGUAGCCAGGCGGGGACGGCGUCGCCGCCGCUAGACAUGAGUGAGACCCACGGGCUCUCUGUGCGCCUCAGGUACGGCUUGCCACUCAUUGCUAAAAUGCACUUUUCUUAGUCGUAUAUACAAUUAUAUAUAAAAGAAUCCAAUGUAAAAUAGUUUUAUAAAGUGCAAUGUAUGAAUUACCUCUACUGGCAAUUAUAUGUGUUUGGGACUUUGUGAGUGGGAGAGAUGAAGUAUAGUAGCUGUUUCAGGUGUUAAUGGUGCAAGAACUCAGAAAACAUAAACAAAAGUGACAUUAUGUUCAAUAUGAAGAAAAUGAGGAACUUACCAGUAAUGUCCAGCUGGU